CUCACGCUGGGUCCUCGGCGCGGAAAUAGUCCCAAGCAUGUCUGCCUGUGAUAUAAUAUCAACAUGAUUAUCUAUGAAACUAGGAAAUAUUAAUUUCACAUCAGACGACGAGAAGCCAGAACAAUAGCUGGAGAUAUGAUCAUGUAAUUUCAGAGGGUUUUAACUUGGACGAUGGACCACAGUGGAGCUGAAACAGCUAGCAUAGCUUAUAAAGCUUUCACGUUUGAUGACAAGAAAAACACACAGGAAUCACUGUCUGUCUCCAUACCCGAGGUCCUGGAUCCACAGUAUGGCAUGUAUGUGUGGCCGUGUGCAGUGGUGCUGGCUCAGUAUCUGUGGACGCACAGAGAGGAGCUGAGAGGGAGGACGGUGCUGGAGCUCGGCGCAGGUGUGAGUCUCCCAGGUGUGGUGGCUGCGAGGUGCGGAGCGCAGGUGAUCCUGUCCGACAGCGCCGACUCUCCUCUGUGUCUGGAGAACUGCAGGCGCAGCUGUGAAGCCAACGGCCUCCCUGAUGUGCAGGUGCUGGGCCUCACCUGGGGGGACGUCUCCCCGGACCUCGUCCUGCUUCCUGAGCUGGACUUCAUCCUGGGAUCAGACGUUUUCUACGAACCUCGAGAUUUCGAAGACGUCCUCGUCACUGUUGCUUUUCUCCUGAGAAAAAACCCCAGAGCCCAGUUCUGGACCACGUACCAGGAGAGAAGCUCUGACUGGUCCAUCCAGCCUCUGCUCCACAGGUGGAGUCUGAGCUGCGUUGACGUUCAGCUCCACAGUUUCGAUGCAGAGAAAUCGGAGCUGGCUGGAUCGACUCUCCCGGGCAGACACACUGUCCACAUGAUGAUCAUCACUCUGAACACAGAGGACGUCGGACUGUGAACGUUUCCCAGAGGAAAUAACCAGAUGGUGGGUCACUGCUCCUCCUCCAGUGUUUCACCCAGCUCAGAGGAAGACGUCACAUUUUACACGUUCAUUCAAAUCUGUUUAAAUGAACUCAGAUUAAAGUUAGAACAUGUGAUUUACUGUAAAUGUUAAAUUACAUGUUACAUUUCUUUGAUUUCUGAAGGUAAAAGAAAUGAAUCCAACUCCUGCAGCAAACAGACGUUAGAAAUGAGCCUCUGUGAGUUUUAAUAUCCACUUGAUAAAUGAGUAAAUGUCAUAUUUUUACAUGGUUUAAGCCACAGAAACAUUUAACAGACUCCUCCACAGACGGAGAAUAAAACUCCUGUAACACUGUCACACUCAGUGUAAAAGAAUAAAGUGAUGCAGCAGAACCAGA